AUGCUUAAUACAAAAAUAACUCUAUUUCUUGGACAUAUUCAAUCUGUUUACUAUCAAAAUAUUUUGAAAAUUAUUAUAUAUUUAAUUCAAUCAUCGAAUAAUGAUGAAACAUUAAUUCAACAACUUCUUUCAUUAACGAUUGAUAAAAUGUCUUUAUUUUUAUCAAGUGGCGAUGUCGAAGCACAAGAACGAGUAGGCCAUGUUUCUUUUUAUUUUAGAGGACAUCAAGAUAGAAAAUUGUAUUUUUCAGGUGGAGAUGAACAUGCAAGUGUUAUUUUACAUAUUCUUAAAACAGCAUUAAAAUUAAUUGAAAAAUCUGAAUUUAAUGUUAAUGAAUUAUCAGCAUUAUUUGAUUGUGUUCUUAAUCCAGUUGCUGCUAAAGCUCAAAGAAAAAUUGUUGUACCAAAUAGUUUGGAUUUGAAUGCUUGGAUAAAUGAUCCUUCAUCGGAUAGUGCCGAUGAAUUAAUAACAAUAAGUUCACAUUAUGAUAAUAAAGAUUUAUUUUAUGGUGAUAAUGGAGAAAUUAUAAUUCUAAUUUAUAUUCCGGUAAAAAAAUCAAAACCUGAUGAUGAAUCAUCAAAAAAAGGAAAUAAAUCAUCGAAAAAAUCUAAUAUAACAGUAAUCGAUGAUAAUGAUGAUGAUAUUUAUCGAAUUGCUAAAGUAACACGUGGUGGUGAAUUACCAGAAGGUGCUACAGAAAGUGGAAAUGAAGAUAAUGAUCAUGAUGUAAUUGUUCGAAAAAAUAAAAAAUAUGAUCCACAUCGAGCACUUAAUAUUGACUUAAGUGAAAAACCUAUUCAAUCGAUUCCUACAUCACCACCACCGUUGACAUCUCAAUUAAAAGAACCAGUUCCUAAACAAGUUGAAACACCUCCUAUAUUAACUGGAAAGCCAAAAAGAUCUAAGAAAAAGAAAAUAAUUGAAAAACAAGAACAAUCAUCAACGUCGAAAUCUAAACACAACCGAGAAAGUAGUGAUUAUAAAGGAUUAUUAUCACCAGCUGAUGAGGAAGAAAAUUGUCCAACUUCAACACCUCCUCUUCCUGCUAUUGCAAAGAAACCAAAGAAAAAAAAUCAUCAUCCAUCAAUAGCUCAACUUGAUGUAACAUUUCUUUUAAAAAAUCGAACAUCAUUUAUUAUUGAUCAUAUAAUUAUUCAUUGUAUUGAUAGUAUGAGUUCGAAAUUAUUAAAUACAACAAGUACAAAUUUAAUAUCAUUUCCAUCUAUAAAUCUUUUUUUUCAUUCACAAAAUUAUAUUCAUAUUUAUUUUUCAAUAAAUGCUAUAUUAUUUUCUCAAAAAUUAAAAACAACACUAACUUAUUCUAUAAAUAAAUCAAAUACAAUUGAAACAGAUAGAAUUGAAUUUAAACUUAAUUUACCUUGUUCACAAUAUUUACGACGAAAGACUAUUGAUUCUAUUGCAUUUGCUGAUUUGAUGAGUUCGGGUGCAUUGAUAUGUCAAUCACAACUUCGUAUUUCAUCAUCUAAUCAAGACUUUCUAUUGAUGAUUAAUACAAUUUGUCAAUCUUAUCGAUUAACUGUUGUCGAAAAAAUUAAUUCGGCUGCAUCUUUAUAUGCUGAAACAAUUCUUGAACAACCAAUAGCUCUCUUAUUUAAAUCAAUAGUAUGUAUAUUUUGA